AUGAAUAUUGCUAGACAAGAACUGGUUGCUGCUCGACACCAUCUACAGGAAUUGGCCAAUCUUCAGCAACUGCUUUUACAAAAUGAUAUCGCUCUACCGCCUCAGCCAACUUUGGAUAGUCCAGAUAUACAGUAUGUUCAUGAUGUUACUCAUCCAGAUAUCGAGGACUCUGCCACCAGUGCAUGUGCUACAAAUACUUGCAAUUUUACUGCUGGAUCUCUGUGUUGUGCUCCGUUUACCAUGCCCAACUCGUCGCAUACUUACUAUCUCUUGGCUACCAUUAUGUCAAUCCAAAGUGAAUCCAAACAAAACAGCUCUGAUAUUGAUUCACAGAUGAAAUCUAAUCACAGCGAUUCCACUGCAACUGUCAUGCUAUUGACGCCCAUGACUUUAGAAUCUUGUCCAUGCCAAAACUUGAAUGCUUGUUCUGGAGAUUGCAACAGAUCGCAUGGCAUUACGCUACCACUGUCCGUACUGCAGGACUCUUCCACUUUGGACUAUGAAGCUAUCCUUUCUGGUGCUGAGCCACGCGUUCUGGCAAAGUUUUCUGAUGGGCUGUAUUAUAAUGCCAUGAUCGGGUCCAUUCGUGAAUCGGAUGUGCUGGUUGAAUUCAGUGAUUAUACAGGAGAUAUCCAUAAUGUUGCGUUUGAGGAUUUGCUACCGAUUUUAAAUAUAGACUCUAGCUUUUUGUCACAUACGCAUCAGUCAUCUAAAACUGAUCUGGGUAAUGCUGUCAGUUCUUUAAGUGAGGUAUUUUAUGACAGCCAGGAUGACGAUUCCACUCAUCAAGAUUCAGACAGUGAUGAUUUCUUGGACAAUACAGUUCAUGUUCGGAAAUUAGCAAACACCGAGUUUGGUGCUUGGGAAAUACACACAAAAGGAAUUGGAAGUCGACUGAUGGCCAAAAUGGGUUACCGUGUUGGAUCUGGUCUAGGUGCUGCUGGAAAUGGCAUUUUAGAACCAGUGGAAGUCAAAGUGUAUCUACCAGGCCGUGGCGUUGGACAUGCAGAUAUACCACAAAAAAAGAAGCGCAAGAGAAAGAAUGCUCGAUAUGAUAGCAAAAAUAGGCACACAUCACAGAAUCAUGAAGACACUGAAAAGCCGGAUGUGUUUUCAUUUAUAAAUACGCUAAACGGAGCUAGUCAGUCAGCAGCCUCAUCACUCAAUAUAAAAAGUUCUAUGGAUUCUGACCAGUCACUAUCCAACGCAUCACAAAACAGCAGUCUUACUUCUACAUCCGUAACAGAUACAACUAAAAACAAGACAUCAUCACAUCUGCGGAUCAUUCAAAUACAGCAAGAAACACAGAAGCUUAAUGCAGAACUCAAGCGUGCAACAGAAGGACUCUUGCGUAAUCGUGGCGAUCCUCGGUUGAAAGAGAUUUAUCAAUACAAAAUAUCCCAUAUAAAAGUGCACAUUGAUCAACUGAGUCAUGAGGGGUCCAAAAGUAGCAAUGCGCUCAAACGGGAAAGAAUCAAAAAAAGCAUGAUGGAGUUUUGA